AUUCUUUACAAAGAAAGUUUGUUUGGAUAAUUUCUGUUUCACAUGAAAAGACAAUACAGCUACCAUCAUCCUUCAAUUCUCUCGGUUUCCAUUUUUCAUCGCCGAUCGCUUUCUGUAGAUUCCUGAUCUCGAUCGCUUCCGGCUCUGGAAAUCCAAUCCAAUCGGUGGCAGUUGAAGAAUGGCAUCGAAAUCGACCGCGGCAGCUGGCGUUAUUUUGGGGAUGGUAGUCGGACAGAAACCGCUGAUCCGUUCGGGAGCAAAGGCAAGGGCGUGGAUCGCCGUUCCAAACAAACGGAUGAGGGUAAAAGCAAUGGGAAUGGCAAAGUACAAAGGGACGGUGAUGAAGGAGAAGCAACUGGAGGAGAUGAUAGAAAAGAAGGUGAUGGAAGCGAGAGAGGUCUGCGAGGGGAACGAGGUCUCAGACGAGUGUAAGGUGGCGUGGGACGAAGUGGAAGAGCUAAGCCAGGCAAAGGCAGAUCUGAGGACGAAACUGGAGAAGCAGGAUCCUUUGGAGUUCUACUGUCAGGAGAAUCCUGAGACCGACGAGUGUCGCGUGUAUGAAGAUUGAUCGCUGACUGUUUGGUAUGCUUGCUUGGUUUAGUAUGAUGAUAGAAGAACAAAGUAGAGUAGAACUGUAGAAGUAAAAUUGAGUUGUUUGUGUUGUGGCUUUGAUGAAUGUGAGAUUAAUUAUUAUGGUUUGGAUGAAUCAGAAUGAACAUUAUUACUUACC